AUGAGACACGGCCCCACGACUGAACCCAAAACCCAUCCCAGAAUGUGUUCAACUCCGCUCCUGAACGCCUUACAACUAGUCACCAUCCACCAGAGAGAGUGUGGGGACGGGGGUAGGGAGGUGGUGAACCUGAAGGAACAGGGUCAGCUGAGGUGUCAGGAUGAGUUCAUCGUGUGGAGCGGCCGCAGGAAGUACCUCCGUCACGUCUUCCUGUUCGAGGACCUCAUCCUCUUCAGCAAAAGCAAAAAGAUUGAGGGAGGAUACGACCUGUACAUCUACAAGCAGUCCUACAAGACGGCAGAGAUAGGAAUGACAGAGAGCGUGGGCGACAGCGGGCUGCGUUUCGAGAUCUGGUUCCGGAGGAGGAAGUCCCAGGACACGUUCAUCCUACAGGCCAGCUCCGGAGAGGUCAAGGCCGUGUGGACCGCCAUCAUCGGAAAGAUCCUCUGGAGGCAGGCGCUACGAAACAGGGAGGUACGCUUGAAAGAGAUGGUUUCCAUGGGGAUUGGCAGCAAGCCUUUCAUGGACAUCAAGCCUAGUGAUGCUGCCAUUAGUGACCGAGCCAUUGAUUACAUCAUGAAGGGGUCAGAGUCCAGGACCAGGGCGUCCAUCGCCGUGUCCUCUUUCGACCACUCCACGCCCUUUAAGCGGCCUCACUCCACCAUCUCCAACAGUAGCACCUCCUCUUCCUCCUCCCAGUCCUCUUCCUCACUGCUGGGCUCCCUCAACCUGCACCUGUACCCCUCGCCUGCCCACCAGCACCCCCACGCCCACCAGCACCCCUACCCCCCGAGCAGCGUACCCUCCUUCAGCCACUGGCCCUACGACUGCAUUGAGGAGGACGAGCUGGAGCAGGACACAGGCAGCCAGCCUUCUAUGAUCACAGAGAGCUCGGGGGAGACGUCGUCCCAGCAUACCUCCAGUGACAGUGUGACGGGGCUGAGCAGCCUCACCCUCCCUGUCCCAGGCCACGGCCGCCCCAACAUCAUCAUCGACGCCUUACCCAGCGACUCCACUUCCUCCUUCCUGUGUUCGUCCACGCCUCCCGGCUCCUCCCACCCUCAGAUGGCCCCUCCCCCAGCCCUGUUCCCUAAGGACCAGAUCCUCCAAGCCCAGGGCAGCACCUUCAUCACAGCACUGUGAGGCCACUGCACUGAGAACUGGUGUUACGGAGGAUCAGUAAGGACUUGUGAGUGAGGAAGCUAUCCUGUUAAGCAUGCUCAGUGACGCCUGUAACACUGGGCCCUCUACUGUGUCUCCACUGGUCUCCGCUGGACUCUACUGUGUCUCUACUGGUCUCUACUGUGUCUCGACUAAACUCUACUGGACUACUGGUCUCCACUCUGUCUCCACUGGACUCUACUGUGUCUCGACUAAACUCUACUGGACUACUGGUCUCCACUCUGUCUCCACUGGACUCUACUGUGUCUCGACUAAACUCUACUGGUCUCUACUGGUCUCUACUGGUCU